CAACCGCAAUUUAUUCUGGUUCCGCUUCCUGUUAUGGUGGACGUGUUUCAAUUUUUUCACAUUUUCUACCAAAAAAUUCAUCAAAAUGCCGCCUAAGAAUAAAGGGGGUGGCAAAGGUGGAGGCAAGGGUGGUGCAAAAGGUGGAGCAAAAGGUGGAGCAAAAGGUGGUGGUGGUGAUGAUGACUCCAAAGGAAAGCAAAUCAAGGGUGGAACCUCUGUAAAGGUUCGUCACAUAUUGUGUGAGAAACAAUCUAAGUGCUUGGAGGCACUUGCCAAGCUGAAAGAAGGUCAGAAGUUUAAUGAGGUUGCAACACAAUACAGUGAAGACAAGGCGAGAUCAGGGGGUGAUCUGGGUUGGAUGACCAGAGGUAGCAUGGUUGGCCCAUUUCAAGAAGCAGCAUUCGCUCUUCCCAAUAGUACUAUUGGUAAUCCUGUUUACACAGACCCGCCUGUGAAAACGAAACACGGAUAUCAUAUAAUCAUGGUGGAAGGAAAAAAAUGAUGACAUUGAUUGAUAUCUUAGACAAUACAAAUCAUGUGUUCAUUUGCUUUUGCAAGGAAUUCGAGCGUCAGUGGACAUUUUGCAUAAAUUGCAUCUGAAUUUGUUUCAUUGCAUCUGUUUAAUGCUGAAAUUAGUUAUAUUCAGUAUUCUGUAGAACGACCGUGGAACUUAUGUGUGGGACACCAACCUUUACUCCAAGUAAAGUUUGUCUGAAGUUUGUAAUUUCUAAUUCAGGAAUAAAUUUAUGUUUUAUACAAUA